GUUAUAGCGGGCAUAAUUCUGAGCAGACUUCCCGAGGUUCUUACUCUCGACCUUCAGACCGCGGGGGGUAUUCUAGUUAUUCUAUGACAGUUCAGCAGCCUAUGGCCAGAGGAGCAUGUUUUGAGUGUGGUGAGACAGGGCAUUUCGCGAGAGAGUGUCCUAGAUCCAGGCAAGGUUCUAGAGUUCAAACAUCUAGGCCUCCAGCACCGCCAGCUAGAGGAGGAGGAUAUUCUAAUAAAGGGGGUUCGCAGUCGAGCAGAGGUGGCCAUCAGCCUAGCAGAGGUGGUCAUCAGUCUGGUAGGGGAAGCGCUCAGUCAGUGAGAGGAGGAUCUCAGGCAGUCCGUGGUGGUCGUGGAGGCACACAGUCCGAAGGUGGACGUUCCCAUUUCUAUGCUUUUCCGGGUAGACCAGAGGCCGAGGCCUCUAAUGCGGUUAUCACAGAUUUUGAUCGUUCAGAGGCUCUACGCAAAGGGAAGACAUUAAUUUGAUUGUUCGUGGCAUCCGCUCGGCAUUGAGGUAGGUUACGGUCUACUUUAGUUAGACUCUGAUUAGAGAAUCGUAUGUAGUUGUAGAAAGUGACGGGGA